UUUUCGAGGACGCUUGAGAGCGUGCGCAAGGACGUUGAGUGCUUCUUCGGUAUCCUGAAGGGACGUUUCAGGAUCCUCAAGCUCCGCCUCGGGUACCGCUCCAAGGAAGACGUCGACAACAUCUUCUCCACCUGCUGCAUCCUGCACAACAUGCUUCACACCUUCGACGGCAUGGACGUGUUCGAGGAAGAUGUCGACUGGGUGGGGAGCGCUGGCCUGCACGACCCCUGGGACCAUGACCCACUGACAGACUUCACNUACCGGGAAGCUUUCGGAGAAGGAGGGAGGGGAGGGAGGGGGAGGAAAGCAGCGAGACGAUCGACCAGCACCCGGCGCACAGAGAGCUCAAGAAACAGCUAAUCGAGAGCUUUUCUUACCGGAAGAGACACAACAACAUUACAUGGCUUUCAAGGCCCACGUGAGCCUUCUUCGUUUUGCUACCACGCCGCUGCCUCGGGUAUCUGUUGCAAGCCGUUUGUUUUUUUUUGCUACACGCGGUGUUUAGUAAGACGUUCCCGCCUUGAAGAUGGUGUUGUCGCGUGGGUUGUUUCAUAUUUUCGCUGUGCUGUCUUGCACCUGUCGGACAUGGGGUACUCUUGUAUUUGUCUGCAAGAGGGACUCUGUGCGUGUCCGUGCGUGUGGCGUUUGUGUGUUCGAGUUUCAGAUUGCCUUGUUAUUUAUCGGUGCCACGGGCAUUUGACCAGCUUCGGUUCCAACCAAAAUUCUUGGUGCACC